AUGGAAAACAUCGUGUGCAUGCAGCUCGCAAGCUUCUGCCUCCUCGGCGAAGGUGGUGGAUUGUUGACCUUUACAUUGAGGGUUAGUCAUCCAGACCACAACCUCUACAUUGAAUCCAGGCUGAUGGACACAGCAGAUACAUCGGACGAACUCAAACGUUAUCUUGCAGAGAGUUAUUGCCAUGAGACAAGACUUUCGACCGGCGAAAUAUAUCUUCAUCUGCGGCAAGCCCAGAUAAACAAUGACCAACUGUCAGAGAAACGAUGGCGUGCGCGGCUCACCCCAUGCGAGACGGAGCGCCUGAAGAUGCUGAAAGCCAACCCAGCUCUGUACAACGCAUUCGACGCUCUGAUAGACUUACCUGCCAUUGUUGCGAGUGGUGCCAUACUGACCGUUUGGAACAAACUCAUCGCCCUUCGGUGCAGAGAAGAGCUGAUUUACUACCUGGAAAGCAUUUACCACUUCUGGGCGUCGUUGGUCGGGAAUGACAGGACGCGACCGAGUGCGGAGACACGGAGGAAGAUGAGAAUGAUCGAUACCCGAACGGUGACGAAGCUGGAGGGCUUCGCACCGGGAGUAAGUCAAGCUGACAAAAGGUAUGUGGAGGGCGUGGUGUUGGGGGGAGACGUGUUUCGAAAUUUCUCCCGGGCCGAGCGGUCGGCCAUCAGCAGGAAAUUGGUCUCCUAUGCUGGGAGAAUACCGUCCCUCCGGCUGUUUUUUGAAGAUACAAAGUUCUUCGCUAUCGCAGCCAGAAGAGUGAAGCGGUUGACUGACGACUCUCCAGGUCAGCUGACCUGGGCGGAGGACGGAGACGUACCGAGCAUUAAGGAGCGGAUGGAUUUCAUGUUCCACGCGCCUAAUGACGGAAACAUCACCAUUCAAACGUCAGAGAACGAAAGCCGGUCUGCCCGGUCCGGUGACGCAGCGUUUCAAAUCGCCUAUCGACAAGUCUGGCUCUGUGCGCUUCGCAGCAGUGGUGGUAACCCCGGGGAGGGGAAGAGGCCAGCCGUGCUCCGCGAAUGGGCGCAUCCUCACGUUCAGUAUUGCUUGGCACGCCUUGCCAGUGGCCUGGGAUUCCGAUCCGACCGCAUAGAGAAAAUUGUGAGCCGUCCGGUCCAGCCGGAGAACCCUCCAUGGGAUGAUUUUGAGGACGGCAAGGAGCCCGCGGUCAAGCGACAUGGCAUCCCUUACGUUGCCACCUUCAAGUACGAUAGGAGAGUCCUCUUCCUGGAUCAUGUUCAUGCCGGUCCCAGGGAGUGCGGAGAGCUGACCUCGUCCUUUGUGUUACGUGACAUUUACCACUCCUUCUUUGGGGAUUUGGAUGAGGGGGAGCUGCACGCCCAACCUUCCCACGAGGCAGAUGCUCCCGACAGCGACGUCGAAGUGGCUAGCGCGCCUCCCUUCACACGACACCACACACCAGAACCCGCAGAAUCCCCGCACACGUCGCGAGACGGUCAAGGAGCGGAUGGCAUCGACUCUUCCGAACCUACGACGGAGCCCCCAAGCACAUCCUCGGCCACCGCUCGGGACCAAGGUGGCAUUGGUCGGGACUCGUCCGACGCUCCUGGGUCACCAACUGACCCUACAAGCACGUCCGAGGCUAGCACCUAUUCGGCUAAUAUUCAACACGAAGAGGACGAUAAUGAUUUCCCAAAUCCUCCGACACCAACACACAGGGAGCACAAUACCAACCCACCAACUACCCCUAGUGCUCGAAGCACGAGGCAGUCGACUUCAGUGCCAGAACCUACCCCCCCAGGACAGUCUGCAAAGCAUGGUCCAGCUUCUGAAUGGAUUGCGAGGCUAGAAGAAGCCAAGACAGGGCUUCAGGCAAUUCAAGACGAUGUUGCGGAUAAAGUAAGGGACCUAGAAGAGGAGGAAAGAGAUACCGCGGACAUGGGAAAAGCCCUUCAAGAAAUCGUACGUCCUAAAUCUUCUGACAUUUUACUCUGGGACUCUAGUAUGCAGAAACGCAUGGAGAACAAGCGGGAUAGCGCACAAGAGAAAGUUGACGCAAGGGUGCAAAGACUGAGCCAGGUCAGAUCGACGUUCAAUGCUGCUAUCCAUGAAGUUAAAGGGCAGCUUGAAAAAAUAGAAUCCUUCCUGAAGCAUCUCCCUAGUUCAACGCCUGAACCGGAACGCAUUGGGCCGGUUCUUGGUGACGCUGAGCGUGGGCGUGUCGCAGCCAGUGCCUUAGGACAGAAAGGUCUCUCAGAAAUGAACACACUACGGUCUGAGGGCGUAUCAUUAUGGCCCACCAUAUUCGAUACACAGACGUCCUUACUGAUCAUGUGCAUCGGUGGCCUGAUCAACGGCUCAUUAUCCCUUCAAGGGAAGGUGAAGGAUCUUCGCAGAUCUGAUUCCUUUCUUAGCUCAGACUUCGGCAGCCCCGACCCAGAAGCAAUGGAAAUGCACCAAAAAAGGCAAAGGAGCCUAUCCGAAAUAUUCCAAGGGCUCGAUGAGUGUCUCGUUAGAAUGCGGGAGUUAGAGAAGUUCAGUCACACUGAUGACCUGAUUAGCACCUUUGGGGCUGGGCGAGAGGGCGUAUUGGCCUGGAACAGAUGGCUCAAGAAUCUACGCAAUGAGUCUCAGUCCCAAGUCGAUGGCUACUGGAAGUCCGCGGUGGACAUUGCAGGAGAAGUCAAACGCGGCUACUCUAAUGCUGGAAGGGCGUUGCAAGCCGUGCUGCUCGCCGAAUCUCGAUCCUGGGAGUCCCUGUCUUCGACGCAUGACUUUCUCCGGAGUGUCCUAAUAUCACUCCAGGGGACAGUGGAAGCCGACAAAGAUGCGUUCGGCAAAUAUUUGGAUGAGAAUGCCAAGGAUCAGUUGACCCGACUACUGGAAAAGAUAAGCCGAUGUGAGGAAGAACGGAGUCAAAUCUCGACGACAGUCCACAAUUUCAAGGUAGCCGAAAACGAGCUCAGUGAGCAGAUAUCACAGGUGGAGGGUUCCAGUGACGGGCAGAUAUUGAUUGCCAUUGGCCAAAAGUGGAUCAACCAGAAGAAGGAUUUGGCCAGCCAAGCGGCCGAGAGGAAGGAAAAGGAGGCGGCGUUAGACGCCAAUAGGGUCCAUACGGAACAGAUACUGUGCAUGAUGGCAUCAAUUGUGAGCUCAAAGGCACAAGAAGCUUCAACGCAAGUGAAAUUCGAAGAGGCCCCCGAGAAUAUAAAAGAACCGCAGAAAGUUUUCGAACCGGCAGCAGCAGCGACCAUCACCUCGGGUAACUGUGCCCGGCUCGCUCGCUCGGCGGCGGAAUUGGCUAAGGCUACGAAAUUGUCCGAAGAUGUCUACAAACGCUUGGACGCGCUGGCUUGCGAGGCGGAAGCAGCCGCGCAUAAGGCCGAGGAGAUCGUGCGGGGGAGAAUGGAAGAGUAUCUCGGACACAGCUUUGAGAGAAUACGGAAGAAGGUGGAGAGGCUGGGGAAAUUCGACAAACACUAUCGGGCCAGCAGCAUCGAAAAGCAAAGAGAUCUAGCAGCCAAUGCUAUGGCCGCUGUGCGAGGUGCAACCUUUAAGAUAUUUGAGGGAAGCAGGCGCAUCCAAUCGUUGCAGGAUGCUGAAAAUGCGAAUCAAUUCUUGAAUGGCUCAAUAAACGCCAUCAGUGAGCUGCAAGGAUCCGUUGCGGCCGCCACUGGAAAAGUGUGCCGGCUAUAUGGCUUGAUUGCAAGACAUUUGGCAGCAGCUAUUCUAGAAAAAGGAACAGGGAUAGAAGGGCAAGAGGAACUUGCCGCUGCUGCGGUACGCGCUGGAAAUAGGGGAGACUUGGAGAGCUGCAUGGGAGAGGCGGAGCAGGGUAUGAAGGACUUGGAUGGCUUCAUUGAGCUGUUGGACCAUUUGCACAUCAUCGCGACCGCGCAGAGAAGGGAGAUCCCUGGGUAUGUGUCUGCCAAUCCAGCCGGCAACGAGGCCAAAGAGACUAUUGAGGAGAUCGCUGCACACAACCUCCGCGCAAAGGGGGACAGAGAUAAGGCAAAAAUGACGGUGGACCGCAUGCGCCAACUGAGAAUGACCAAUAUGGGACCCGAGCGGGAGGGUGAUCGGACGGGCUUGGAUGCCGAAAGGGCCGAGUCGGAAACAGAUCGCCCAGGUGAUCAUCCUGCCGGAGUCCAGACGGACUCUACGGAGAGAGACAGUAUCACCCAACAAGAGCUCAUUGCCAGGGCGCACAAGCUGGUUACCGAGGUGCAGAAGCAAAAGAGCUUGUAUACGGAAGCAAAGGAGCAGCUGGACGGUCCAAAAUAUGAUGUGAAACCAACCAUUGACACCAUCACUUCCUUAGUGAGUGACGCCAGUGCAGUCGGCCGCGCCUUAGUCGCUCAACGACCGGCUGGCAUGGAUCGUGCACCUGAUGAAUUAGAAAAUGCGAUAGAUGCCUGUUUUCAGGUUGUCGUGGAUUCGAACGAGCUUCUAGGUCUGGUAGUGGAGGAUACAUGUCAGCAUUCUGAGGCUGCGUGCAAAAGGCUGGACGAGAAGCGAGCUCUCAACCAAGCUGCGGCUAAGGCGGGGAAUAAGGAGACAUGGCGGACAUGUGUUGAAUAUGCUCGCGAGGUAGCUGGCACUCUUAGCAGUGCAAUUGAAGGAGCGGAAACGGCACGAUCCGCAGCGGGAAUCAUGGUAGUCGACCUUGCGCAGCAGACCUGGCACCAAACCCGUGGAGUGAAGCUCGGACGAUUGCUGAAAGAGAUGGACAGAUGGCUGAGAAAGUCGAAAGAAAACCUGCAUGAGGCCAGCAAGAUGAAGAAAGAGAUGGAAAUUACGUGGUGGAGGGAAGCAGCCGACAAGAAAGCCAAGCAGACGAGCGCAUCAUUCGAGAAGGCUGACAGAGCAUUCAAGAUUCUCACGGAAGAUGCGCGCUUUUCGAACGAGUACAGCCUAGCAAAAACCGCCCAUAAACUAGCCACUCGCGCAUACAGGGAGGCAACAGAAUAUCAGCAAUCGAUUGGCGAAGAAACAAAGGAAUCAUAUACUACUAUCAUCGAAAAGUUCGAUAUGGCCCACCAAAAGGCGCUAUCGUCACAAAGGAGUGCAGAAGCAGUUCUGGAGGCUCAAUCUAAGGGCAACAAGCGGACAGCGGACGGGGAACUAGCGCAGAGGUCUACUCGCCGCCACGCGAAGCACGUAAAAGUUUUCAAGAUAAGAGAGAAAGACUGGCCGGUGGAGGAUCAUGUUAUAGCACCUGGUGCGGCGUUUGACAAAGCGGUGGAGCUUAGACGCCGAGGUGAUCUCUAUUCACUGAUUGGCGAAAAGGAAAGACUCGGGUUCCUCAACGCAGAGGAAUUUGAAACGUUGGUGGUGAGAGGAGAAAGAAUAUUCUUCCUUCAGGAAUCCAAUUCUACGCACGGGCUGGACACCGCCACGCAGUGGGAUCGCGCGCGGAACUACAGAUUCUUAUACGGUGAAUGA